GCUUAUUUUAUGUAACAAUAAACUUUGCUCUCUCUCUCAAUAUUCUCAUUCUCAUACCCACAUGUUCUUGCCAUGGCUCUAGAUCACAAACAACCCACCACCACCAUCAUGACAUGGCAUCCCCGCCGCAAGGUCACCUUAUAUAGACGGCGGAAAGUACAAACGGUGAAGCUAGGUGGCAAGAAACCAAGGCGAAGAUUAAUUGGUGGAAUAGUUAGAAUAUUUAGAAAGAUGCGUGUAAAAUGGCUUAAGUUACAAUAUCUUAAGUUAUUUAAACGGCUUAAGGAACAUUAUAGAAACGUUGUGAAAGAUCUUAUUGAAGCUGGUGCUAGUAUUGAAACUUUUCAACAAAGGAUUUUUAUGGAAAGCACUUUUGCUAUUCCUCUUGGUGUUAACUUAUCUACUUAUCCUUCUCGGUUUGGAUCAGAUUACCCUCGAACCAUCUUCAUGUAAAUUAUUUAAUUAAGUACUUUAUUUUUCAAUUUCCUUUUUUUUUCUAUAUAUAUGUAUAAGGAAAUUCAAGUUCCUUAUUUUCUUUCCUUUUUUAUUUGUGUAAUAUAGUCUGUUGGAAAAUCUUCCUUUUA